CUCUCCCUCUCUCUUUUGGCUUGAAUCUCUUUUAAACACGUUAAUUCAAUACACUUCUACCUGUUUCACAAAUGCUGGUGCUUCCGCGGCGUUACGUCCGCGGCAUGCUGCCUCUCAGCGGGCUCUCGCUCCUUCUGCUUAUCCUAUACUCCAACCAAGCGGUCCUGCCUUUCAAUAAGCCGGCGUGGAUGCCGCUUUUCGGCGAGCCGACACCGCCGACGUCGCGCGACCUGCCUCGCCAUCACGCACCAUUGCCGCGCAAUCUCACCCUGCACCUGGUGGCGCACAGCCACUCGGACAUUGGGUGGAACUUCAGUUUCCAGGAGUACUACGACCGGUCGGUGCACAGCGUUAUGCGCCAGGUGGUUGUGCAGUUGUGGAAGAACGCGCGGCGGCGCUUCACGUGGGGCGACCUGGCGUUCCUCGACCUGUGGAUGGACCACGAGGGCGACCAGCCCAACAACGUUCUGCGCGGGCCGGCUGCCCGCUUGACUUGGCGGCAGCUGGUGCGGCGGCUGAUAGAGCUGGGCCGGCUGGACGUCGUCGGCGGCACGUAUGUCAGCCCGGACGAGGGCCUGGUGUCGUGGUGGGCGAACACAGCCAUCGUCGACAUCGGCCACCGCACCCUCGCAAAGCACUUCAACGCAACAACGGGCGUGGGCUGGCAAGUGGACAACUUUGGCCACUUUGGGGCCACCCCGCAUUUGCUGGCAAGCUCCGGGUACUCCCGAAUGGUCCUCGGCCGCAUGGCAUUCCGCGACCUCUACGAGUUCCGAUCACGAGCGCAGCUGCAGUUCCUGUGGCAGUCCGCUGCUGCUGGGCACCAGAAGGCCCGGCUGCUGACGCAUUUCCUCUCGACACACUAUGGGUAUUUCAGCAAGGCGUUCUACUUUGACCGCACGGACAAAUGCGACGCCGAUGCGCUGCGGCAGGAGCUUGUGCGGUAUGGGCGGCGCCAGGUUGCGCAGUACCCGGGGCAUGGCCAUGUGAUGGUGAUGAUGGGCGAUGACUUUGCGUAUGUGCACGCUGCGCGGUCGUUUGCGUGCCUGGACCGGCUCGUGGGCGAUGACGCGGCAAUGGGCGUGAGUGUCCGGUACUCGACGCCGUCCGAGUACUUCGACGCCGUGCAGCCGUUCCUCAGGGCGAUGGAUGCAAGAGCCGGCGGGGGCAAGGGCGGGCUGCGGCUGCACUCCGGCGACUUUUACCCGUACCAGGACCGGCCCUACGAGCAGUACUGGAGCGGCAUCCUGGCCACGCGCCCGUACCUCAAGUGGCUCGUCCGCCACACCGAGCACGCAGUGCAGCAUGCCGAGCAGCUGCUGGCCGCCUGGAAUUUCAACCAUCCGCCGGGUGGCCUGGCUGGUGGGCUUGAGGACCACUUGGAGUUUGCGCGCAAGCAGGUGGCCAUCGGCUACCACCACGACGCCAUCACCGGCACUUGCACCGAGCAGACCUUCCACGACUACGCACGCCGCCUACGCGCCGCCUCGCGCAUCGCCCUGCGGCUCUCCCACCACCUGCUCAGCCACGGCGCAGCCAACGAAACCCUCGUCCACAAGCAGCUUCUCAGCGACCGCACAGCCGAGGACAGCGGGGUUUCCCGUGCUGGCUGGGGCGCGUACAGCACAGCGGCGCAGCCCGAGGACGAGCAGCGGAUUGGCGCCCUCGACGGCGUGCACAUCCAUCCGCGCGACCAUUUGGAGGUGCCCCCGGAGCUGUGCUCCUCCUCUCCCCCCUCUGGGCUGCAGCAGGCGUGUGUGGGCGCGCGAAUUGUUGUGUCCAACGCCGGGCUGUUGUCUGCUCAGGACCAGGUUGUGCGCAUGCGCCUGCAUACCCUGGACGCUGCCCUGGUGGACACCGAGUCCGGACAAAGGCUUGUGCCUGCUGACGUUGAUGUGGUUGAGGAUGGGCAGGGGUUUAGUGUGGCGUUUUUGGCGCGUCAGUUGCCGCCGCUUGGAUCCCGCGCCUACCACCUUGUCGGCACCGCCGCCGAUAGCUCUGCUGCCGGUAGCCCUGCUGCCGGUAGCCCUGCUGCCGAUAGCUCUGCUGCUGCCGGCAAUUCCAACGAUACGCUGCGCAGUUGCCUGCGGCCCCCCACCGCCAAUGCUGCUGCCGGUGGAGUCUCGGGUGUGUUGCUGCAAAAGAACGGCACCCGCGUGCACCUCUCAAUCAUCAGCAACCGCGUACGCAUUGCCGUCCGCCAUCAGAGCGGCGUGGAGCGCGUGGUUUGGCAUGAGUUGCGCCAGUACUUUGCCAACCCGCAGGUGCAGGCAUCUGGCGCCUACAUUAUGCACUCAUUCAUGCUGAUGUACGGCAUUGUCUUUUAUGUGUUUGCCUGUGCGCUGUGCGCUGGGCUUGGCUGCGCCCAGGCUGCUCGGAAGUAUCCAAAGCUUGCGUGGCUGCAGGGUCCGGACGUGGCAGGUGCGCUGCGGCGGGGCUGCCGGGGUGGGGAGCGAGCGGGUAAGGGGUGUUGGUUGGAGCUGGACAGACUGGGCGCAGGGCCGGGGCUGAGGGGCGACUCGGAGGACAGCGGUCGCUCGCUGGUUGGCGUUGCUGAGGAGGAGGAGGAAAAGGCAAAAGAGAGGCCUCGCGACCGUAGCAGCAGCAUUGGCAGCAACGGGAUCAGCGCUCUUGCCCUGGGGCUUGCGACCGGGCUCCUGUUUACCUACGCGGUGGCACAAAAGGCCAGCAUCGACCUGCUAACAGAAUGGACCACAGGGGCGCCUAGCCUCGUUUGGCUGGCAAUCCCGGCCUUCCUCUACGCACACACGCUCUCUAGCGCGUUGCGGUGGCCCCCAGGCACCGCCUCCUUGUUCAUCGCCGCCGCCGCAUUGGCCACCGCCCUGGCGCUCUUCCGCUUCCCCACGUGGCAGUCGCGGCCGCUGCACCGCGCAGCCGACCCACCGAUGCGCUUUACUGUGGACCACGGCGUGCUCUGCGACACCGCGCGCGUGGCCAUUGGGCCCAUCGGGACCAUCGGCACCGUUGCGUAUGCUUUGUGCAUGGACCACGCGCCGCUGCUGCGCGUCACCGCCCUGGUGUCUGCUGGGCGCAACCGCGAGCUCGUCGGCCAGUUCCGCCUCGAAACUACGCCUACCAGCCUCGGCAGCGCCCUGGGCAACGUCCUGGCCAGCGGGUGUCGCUUCAGUAUUUUUGACGGUAUUGCUGUGACCCACCGCCAGUACAGUCGGUGGACGCCGGUGCCCGGAAACUACUACCCGGUGGUGUCGCACGUGGCGCUGCGGGACAUGCCGCUGACCCUGCAUGCGCGCCAGCCAAUGGGGGUUACGUGCGUUGCCCCAAACACUCUGGAGCUCAUGAUGCACCGGAGCAUGGAGGGGAACGACUUUCGUGGCUUGGUCCGGCCCUUGGUCGACGAUGUGCCGGUGGCCGUGACACAUUUUGUUGAUUUUGGGGCUGAUCCCACCGAGGUGCUGCCGAGAAAUGAGCGGAUCAACUCGCCGCCGCUGGCCUUUGUUAUGCCAAUGGGGGCGGCGGUGGAUUCCUCAGAGCCUGCAUCUUCUGAUUUAUCAGCGACAACAUCCCCCUCUUCCUUCUCGUCCUCGGGGCUGUUGCGGCAUUUGCGCUUUGUUGGCGCAUACGCUGUCGAUUCGCAGUCCGACAAUAUUGCCCCAGGGCUUUCCGGCAAUACAGCCACCCUGCUACCACCACUGCAGGGUGUGGCUAUGUACGUGCGCAUCCAGGCUUUGCCUUCGGCACCGCCCGGUGGGGUCGCCGUUCUCGCUGUGGAUUUGCUCCGUGAGCUUGGUUUGCUGGGAAACUCUGACGCUAAGUAUUUGUCCACGUAUGUGGUUGUUGGCGGUGAUUGGUCGAUUGCUCCAUUGAGUACAAGGAAGAGAACGGAGACUAAGGUGAAUCAUGUUAUGUUGAUGCCUGGGGAACAGAAACUGUUCAAAUUUACCAAAACUUUUAUGUAAUAAAAAAUGUUCUAUUUUGCUUAUUGCUUGAUGGUCUUUAUCUAAUUUGUUUAUUGUGAGCAAGAUCCACGAUCUUCGACACGACCCAAAUAAAAAAUAACAACAGCA